AUGCCUUCAUACUCAACCACUACUUCUCCUGGCCGUCGUCUCUUCCCCGUCGCCAUAGACGACAUUGCUGAAAAUGACCCUGCCAGAACCUGGGCUUCAAUCCCCUUAUCGUCCAAUUUAUCCCAUGGGUUCCGUGAUGUUUCCUUUCGCACUUUUGCCAAUGCCAUCAACCGCGCUGCAUGGUUCAUUGAGACUACCUUUGGCCGUUCAGCCAAUUGCCCAACCCUGGCCUACAUCGGUAAAUCAGACAUGAGAUAUCACAUUUUAGCCAUGGCCGCUGCAAAAACUGGCUACCAGAUUCUGUUCUCGUCUCAUAUCAAUAGCCUUACUGCCCACUUGAAUCUACUCCGACUAUGCGACUGCCAUUUGUUCUUGUCUGCAGAAGGGGUGGAUGUCUCGGACAUAUUGGGUGCUCGCUCAUUGAACCACGCGUUGUGCCCGGAGCUGGAUGACUUACUAGACCCCUCUCCCGCAGACAAGUAUCCCAUGCCCAAAACAUUCGACCAAGCUGCCCGAGAUACAUUCUUGAUCUUGCACAGUUCAGGUACCACGGGCCUCCCAAAGCCAAUACGCAUCACACAUGCUCAGAUGGCUGCCAAUGACCAGAUAACCCAGCUGCCCGAAGAGUGUCAGUGUGGUGGUCCAGGGUUCCGCAGGGUCAACCCUGUCAACGUCACAGCUGGGCGACUGAUUGUGCCAUUUGCGCCCUUUCAUGUUAUCAGCGCCGUCAUCCUGAUGUGUUUUACUGUCUUUGGCAAGACCACCUACGUCUUUGGGCCUGCGGACCGGGGCAUGAACGCAACGGAUUUGCUGGACGCCGUCGAGUAUGGGAAGGGAGACUGUAUCUUUUGUGCUCCAGCGUUGCUGGAGAAGUACGCCUCCUCGGAAUCGGAUUUGGUGAGGUUAAGCUCAUUAUCCAGUAUCACGUAUGGUGGCGGUGUACUGUCGCCUCGAGCGGCGAACAUCCUCACGAACCGCCUCACGAAUACCACCCUCACUCAAUUCUUUGGCGCCACAGAGAGCGGAUGGUGGGCUCUGUACCAAGUUGGCACGGAGGACAUGGAAUAUCUCUCGAUCGACGCAUGCCACAUGGGCAUAGAAUGGCGGCCCGUGACUGCCGACAGCGAGACACAGCCUCCGACGGACGAUGACCAGAAGUCCCUAACCGCGACCACGGCGACCCUGUACGAACCAGUCAUAGUCCGCUCCGACGAUCCUACAGCCGCAUCGCGCCAGACCGUCUUUCAGACCUUCCCCGACCUGCACGAGUACGCGACGGGGGACCUCUUCGCGCCGCACGCCCGUCGACCUAACACGUGGAAAUUCGCCGGCCGCGUCGACGACCUGAUCCUCUUCGCGCACGGGAUCAAAUUCCCUCCGGCGGGGAUCGAGGCCAAGAUUCGACACGGCCACGACCGGAUCCGGGAUGUUCUCCUCUGGGGCGACGGACACCAUCAAGCCAUCGGGCUGAUCGAGCUCACCGACGCCGGUUUGCGGGAUAUGGAGCGUGGAGGAGAAUCGCAGCUACGCAACGAGGUCGACCUCCUGAUUGACAAAGUCAACGUCGAGGCGCCGGUGAUUGCCAAGCUCGCCAAAACUCACGUCAUCUUCGUGAUGAGGGAGAAGCCCCUCCCGCGGACCGACAAGGGCAGUGUGCGUCGCAAGGAGGCCGCGCGGGUCUACCUCGCCGAGAUUGAAAGGGUGUAUCGAGAGCAUGGGGACCGGAUGGUGGGGAGUAUCAUGUCGAGGGUGCAGACUGGCUAA